AUGCAGGUGAACGCCCUGGAGCAAGCCAUGCUGGAUGCUCUUGUCUUAGACCGGGUUGACUUUGUGAAGCUCCUGAUCGAAAACGGAGUGAACAUGCAACACUUCCUCACCAUCCCGAGGCUGGAGGAGCUUUACAACACUAGACUGGGCCCGCCAAACACGCUUCACCUGCUGGUGAGGGACGUGAAGAAGAGCAACCUUCCACCUGAUUACCAUAUCAGCCUCAUCGACAUAGGGCUGGUGCUGGAGUACCUCAUGGGAGGCGCCUACCGCUGCAACUACACUCGGAAAAGCUUCCGGACUCUCUACAACAACCUGUUUGGCCCUAAGAGGGAUGAUGAACCUCCAGCCAAAGGGAAGAAGAAAAAGAAAAAGAAGAAAGAGGAAGAGAUUGACAUCGAUGUGGAUGACCCCGCUGUGAGUCGGUUCCAGUACCCGUACCAUGAGCUCAUGGUGUGGGCCGUGCUCAUGAAGCGCCAGAAGAUGGCCGUCUUCCUGUGGCAGCGUGGGGAGGAGUGCAUGGCGAAGGCCUUGGUGGCCUGUAAGCUCUAUAAGGCCAUGGCCCACGAGUCCUCCGAGAGCGAGCUGGUGGAUGACAUCUCCCAGGAUCUGGACAACAAUUCCAAAGAUUUUGGCCAGCUCGCUGUGGAGCUGUUAGACCAGUCUUACAAGCAUGAUGAGCAGGUUGCCAUGAAACUUCUGACCUACGAGCUCAAAAACUGGAGCAACUCAACCUGCCUCAAGCUGGCUGUGGCAGCCAAGCACCGGGACUUCAUCGCUCACACCUGCAGCCAGAUGUUGCUGACUGAUAUGUGGAUGGGAAGGCUUCGCAUGAGGAAGAACCCUGGCCUAAAGGUCAUCAUGGGAAUCCUUCUUCCGCCCACCAUCUUGUUUUUGGAGUUCCGUACAUAUGAUGACUUCUCAUAUCAAACAUCUAAGGAGAAUGAAGACGGCAAAGAAAAGGAAGAAGAGAACGUGGUCAGUGGCUCCCAAGAGCCUCCCAAAUGGCUCUCAUUUUCAGUACUGCCUGCCAUGUGUUGGGGAUGGCCGAUUCCCACCUGCAGACCACCUGCCAUAUGCUAUAUUGUUUUCCAGGAUGCAAAUGCAGAUGCAGGCUCGAGAAAAGGGGAUGAGGAGAAUGAGCACAAAAAGCAGAGGAGCAUUCCCAUUGGAACAAAAAUCUGUGAAUUCUAUAAUGCACCCAUUGUCAAGUUCUGGUUUUACACGAUCUCCUACUUGGGCUACCUGCUGCUGUUUAACUACGUCAUCCUAGUGAGGAUGGAUGGAUGGCCCUCCCCGCAAGAAUGGAUUGUCAUCUCCUAUAUCGUGAGCCUGGCGUUAGAGAAAAUACGAGAGAUCCUCAUGUCAGAACCAGGCAAACUCAGCCAAAAAAUCAAAGUGUGGCUCCAGGAGUACUGGAACAUCACGGACCUCGUGGCUAUUUCCAUGUUCAUGGUCGGGGCGAUCCUUCGUCUCCAGAACCAGCCAUACAUGGGCUAUGGCCGGGUCAUCUACUGUGUGGACAUCAUCCUCUGGUACAUCCGAGUGUUAGACAUCUUUGGUGUCAACAAGUAUCUUGGCCCCUACGUGAUGAUGAUUGGAAAGAUGAUGAUUGACAUGCUGUACUUUGUGGUCAUCAUGCUGGUUGUGCUGAUGAGUUUUGGAGUAGCUCGCCAAGCCAUCUUGCACCCAGAGGAGAAACCGUCUUGGAAACUGGCCCGAAACAUCUUCUACAUGCCCUACUGGAUGAUCUACGGAGAGGUGUUUGCAGACCAGAUAGACCUCUACGCAAUGGAAAUAAACCCUCCUUGUGGUGAAAAUCUCUAUGAUGAAGAAGGCAAGAGGCUCCCUCCCUGCAUCCCCGGUGCCUGGCUCACACCUGCCCUCAUGGCCUGUUAUCUCCUGGUGGCCAACAUCCUGCUGGUCAACCUCCUGAUUGCUGUUUUCAACAAUACCUUCUUUGAAGUCAAGUCAAUAUCCAAUCAAGUGUGGAAGUUCCAGCGAUACCAACUGAUCAUGACGUUUCAUGACAGGCCAGUCCUGCCCCCUCCAAUGAUCAUCUUAAGCCAUGCCUACAUCAUCAUUAUGCGACUCAGUGGUCGCUGCAGAAAAAAAAGAGAAGGGGACCAGGAGGAGAGAGACCGUGGGUUAAAGCUGUUCCUCAGUGAGGAGGAGCUGAAGAAACUGCAUGAGUUCGAGGAGCAGUGCGUGCAGGAGCACUUCCGGGAAAAGGAGGAUGAGCAGCAGUCCUCCAGCGACGAGCGCAUCCGGGUCACGUGUGAGAGUGGUAUCUGCUUCAGCCAGCGGAUAUAG